AUGGCGCAGCAGCCUCUGACCACGGCCAGCGUGCCCACCGACAUCUACGGCGGAGAUGAGGUCUCUGCCCUCGUUCUCGAUGCGGGCUACUGCCACACGCGCGCCGGCUUCGCGGGCGAGGAUGUGCCCAAGUCGGUGCUGCCCUCCUUCUACGGCUCCGUCGCCGCCACCCGCAACGUCUUCGGCGACGAGUGCCUCGUGCCCCGCGCCGACCUGGAGAUCAAGAACUACAUGAGCCGCGCCGAGUCCGUCGUCGAGGACUGGGACGCUGCCACCAACAUCUGGGAGCACAUGCUCAUCAAGAGCCUGCAGCCCGAGCGCGAGAUCCACCCCUCCAAGAACGGCCUCAACGACCCGGACACAAAAGCCGCCGCGGACGGCGAGGGCGACGUCGCCAUGGAGGAUGCCGCCGCCGCCGCCGCCGUUGCUAGCGGCGAGGCCACCGAGGACCAGGAGAAGCCGCUGGCCGAGAGCCCCCUGCUGAUGACCGAGGCGCCGUGGAAUUCCGGCAAGGCGCGGGAGAAGGCCAUCGAGAUCGCCAUGGAGAACUGGGGCACCCCGGCCUUCUGGCUGACGAGGACACCCGUCGCGGCUGCCUUCGCCGCCGGCAAGGCGAGCGCCCUGGUCAUCGAUGUGGGAGGCGCCAACACGAGCGUGACGGCCGUGCACGACGGCAUGAUCCUCAAACGAUCCAUCCAAAAGUCCCCGGCCGGCGGUCUCUGGUUGUCGUCACAGAUCCGCAGCAUGUGGGACAGCUGCGAACCCAAGGUCGACGUGGUGCCGACCUUUAUGGUGGAGAGCAAGGUUCCCGUAGACGCCGGCGCCCCGGCCCAGGCCAAGCUGCGCAAGUUCCCCUUCGACGUCUCGCCCAGCUUCCGCGCGUACGAGGAGGAGCGCCUGCUCACCGAAUUCAAGGAGUCGGUCGUCGAGGUGUGGAAAGGCCCCGGCAAGUACACGAACCCCGGCAACGAGGAGCUGGUCAAGAGUCAACCCGGCCGCAUCUUCGAGAUGCCCGACGGUGCCAACCAGAUGUGGCGCGAGCAGAGGUUCCGCGUGUCCGAGGGCAUGUGGGACGACGCCGCCGCGCUGCCGACCCCCGGCGCGGACCCCAUCACCAAGGCCCAGACCAUCCCGGAGCUGAUCCGCGCCUGCCUCAACAACGUCGACGUGGACCUGCGACCCAACCUGCUCGGCAACAUUGUCGUCACCGGAGGCUCGAGUCUCCUGACCGGCUUCAACGACCGGCUGAACAGCGAGCUGUCGGCCAUGUACCCGGGCAUGCGCAUCAAGCUGCACGCCGCCGGCCUGACCACGGAGCGGCGGUUCGGUGCCUGGAUCGGCGGCAGCAUCCUGGCCAGCCUGGGCACGUUCCACCAGAUGUGGAUCUCCAAGAAGGAGUACGACGAGAACGGCGCGGGCAUCAUCGAGAAGAGGUGCAAGUAA